UUAAAGUAUGAAAACGUAGGGAUGAUAGUUAAUUUUGUUUAUGGGGGAGUUAAUUUUGUUUAUGGGUGUUUAUGGGGCGCUUAUCAUCUAAUGACAAUGUUUUUCUCGCUUUUCUCAACAACAAAUAGAAUUUUUACAUUUUUAGUUAAAAGACUAAAAAUAUUAAAUGUCCGCGCAACAAUUUUCUUCUUCUCCCUCCCCUUCCCCAACAUUCUUUACUAGCACAUCCUUGCCAAUCUUAUGCCUCAUUGAUUGGCACUCGCCAAAGUGCCGAGAACAGCAUUAUCAAAUUCCUGCUCCUAAAUUUGUCUCGGCACAAUUUUUGCCUUUAAGUGAAUCAAAUGAAGAAGAUAAUGAUUAUUUAAAUAAGAAAAAUGGUAAAUUAAAAAAUAAAUUUUUGUGGAUAUUUUUAUUAUUUUUUUGGUAUUUUUUAUUUUUAAUUUUGUUUGAAUUACAUACAUAA